UGCAAGGAUCCUCACAUGAAAAAUGCAUCAAUCACCUGCCUAAAUACAGCACACAAUCUGCCCUUUAUGCAGCUUAUAAUGAAGGGUUUUUGAACGUUUCAAAUAUUAUCAUUUCACUAUGUCUGCUAAAGGUUCUUGGCCUUCUUACAAUGUACGAAGUUUUCUGGAACUAAUUCAUCGUUACAGAGGCAGCUCCGGCAAUGUUUCUCACAGCUGCGGGUCUGGUUCUACAGUGUCCAAGAUCGGACAAGGUUUAUCUAUGCACCAAGGAUUACAGUUAAUCGUUGCCAAUAGCAAUAAAUGGAGACGAUCUCAUUUCAACAUGAUGAAGAGCGACAAGGUUGUACCACCGGUUCCAAAUCCUCCUGGAAGCAACUUCCCCACUUGGGCAAAAUGGAUCUUGGGAUCUAUACUGUCCAUCCUCCUGCCUUUUUGGAAGCAAAAAAGGGAGGAGCUGAAAAGGAUAGAAGGAGAGGCGGAUAUUAUUGUAGACGAGGUUGAACAUGUAGCUGAGGAGAUAGAAAAGGUGGCAACAGUGGCGGAGAAGGUAUCAGAAGAGGUGGCAGAAGUGCUGCCUGAAAACGGAAAACUGAAGGAAACAGCUUUGUUGAUAGAACACGUUACGAAAGCAACUGCACAUGAUGCUAAACUAACUCAAGACUUUAUUCACAAGAUAAAACAUGCAGGUGGAUGCUGUGAAGCAUGACAUUGAUGACUUGAAGAUAAUGGUUGACCCUGUAAUAGAAACGAUUGUGCAGCAAAACUCUCGAGGAAAGUAAAAGGGGAGAGAUUAUCAGUUGCCACUAUUAACACAAGCAAAAGCAUAUGUUUCUUUGCAUUAAGAAAUGAAUCUAUAUGGACCUCCUCCAGUUCUCUGUAAUUAUGCAAUCAUUCAUAUUUGAGAAUGCUUAUCAGAGAUAAUGUUAAUUUCAUUAUAAAAUAAAAGGUGCCUGAACAAAGCAAAUAGCAAUAGAAUUGUGACUAAACUUCUGAGAAACUGAUUCUAACUAUAAAAUCAAAAGAAUUCACUAAACUUGUAAACAACUGCAGCUAACUAUAAAAUCCAACCCACUAAAUUUGAAACAAAGCAAAAAACAAAGAUAGUCUAUUCAAAAUGACGAGGAUAGUAUAUUCAUAGAUAUUUUUUCCUCUAGGUACACAUAGCCUACAGAAGAUUCAUGGAUUGUGGUCGAGAAGGAGGUCACUCUGAUUGUUUUCAGCCACAAGACAAACAAAUAUACUGCAGUAUCAGUGUGAAAUUGGAUUUAUCAACAAGGGAUACAAAAGUUUCAGUUGACAAUUUUCCAGUCAGUAAUCGACAAUAGAAAGAAAAAAAGAAAAAAAAGGGGGGGCUCACUUCAGUGGUUCUAUUUUUUCAUUUUACAAAAAGAGAAACCAAAUCUUGAGCAGCAAAAACGAGUUUUGAAGACCUCAAAAUUAGAAACAGUAAUGUGCUAGAUUCAUAGGAAAGAAGGCUAAUGCAAGUAUGAAAAACAUGAGGCACGGAACAACUGAUAUGCAUGUAAUAUUUCUAAAUUAUACAUGUGUGGAUAUCAUAUACUUAUAUAUACAAAUAACUUACAAUGUAGUCAGUACAGGUUUUAUAAUGUAGCAGGAUGUACAGACCUCAAGUGCGCAUAGCAGUCAUCACCGCUCAUAAAGACCUCCAAGCAGACCCAGCAGAUGUGUUUCCCACAUCUGCACUCAAUGUGGUUGCAGCCAUCUACCUUCUCAAUUGUGUAUCCACAUACUGGGCAGUUUCUAACAUGCUCUUUUCCCUUGCACCAUUCCUUCAAGGACAUGUCAGGAUCCUCCUUGAGCUCCUUGUAUUUUUCACAUGAUACGAAUGGAUGAUACUCCACAUGGCACCUUGUACAUGUCUCGGCAUAGCAUGCUCCACAAACAAAUAGAUCACCAACCAUCCCACUUGCUACGUGAUAUACUGAAGGGCAAUCAGGAGAUGGGCAAAAUCUGUAAGUUCCACCACUAGAUGCCACAAAGGCUGACAAGGAGGCCCUGAAGAGAUCCUCUAACUUCUCACAUGGUAAAAGAGACUUCAGAUCUGUAAGCCAAAUGUGCAUGCCACAACCUUCAUGAGCACAACCUACAGGGAAGCCAUCACGUCCUCUCAUUGCUGACUCUAACUGUUCAACCAAGCAUGACUGGCAGAAUUUAUGCCCACAAGCCUCAAGCUGGUAACAGUCCUCAACCUCACAAAGGCAAAUAGGGCAGGCAAUAUUGUCAUCUUCAUAUCGUUUGAUGGAUCCAUUAACACCGACAGACCGCACAAAGUCACGAAUCAUCUGCUCCACUUGGAGUCUCAGAUCCUUUUUUCCAGAAAAAGAAAUAACAUGUCGCCUUGUAUUAAGCAUAAAUUCAGCCUCAGGGAACGUCUCUUUGAGCACAUGCAAGUCAGGACCAAACUUCUCCACCACCUUUUUCAUAAGAUCAUACGGCAUUGCUCCACCUCGAAGGCGGAUAUCUGUUUGUUCCUUAUCAUGGAGGGCUAGAAGAGAUGCUAUCAACUUCUGUUCAGUAAGAGCAACUUUCUUCUCGGGGCCAAAGAUCCUAACAGUGAGGUUCUGCCUAUCAAAGAGAAUAUAUGUUCCCAUCUCUUGCUGCAGUGACUUCAUAAGCAUGAUGCCAUCUUUGGAAAAGAGAAGCUGCAGAACCAAUGGGGUGAGGCUACAAUGAUUUACCUUCUUUCCAUUCAUCAGUUGCUCCAGCGGCCUUCUCAACUCAGCUACUGUCUUUGUUGCAUUAGCAGAUAUCUUCACUCUAUAAGAGCCAUUCUCAUUCCUUUCUAAAUUGCAACACACACCUGCAUAGUCAAAUUUGUCAGCACCUGAUUACUAUCAAACAACGUUCAUGAAAUAAUAAACAAUUGGCACAUUUCGUAUUAAA